GGAAGAGGAGGAAAGGCUGCUAAGAAGUGAACUGUACCUGAUAGAAGGCACCCACUAAAAACAAUGGAAGGUGAAUGCAUGGUCGUGCUGGAUACAAUGAUCGACAAAGACACAGAGAAACAGGCAACACAGGAAAUCAAGCCCAGGUCAAAGCUAACCAUGGCCCUGCUGGCAUUCACACUUUGCCUCGCUGCUACUGCUGUUGCUGCCCUCGUUGUUAACAGGCGUGCUGAGGCUCCUGGACAAAAUGAGGACAAUUUUGAUCUCCAUCACACUUUGAGGCAAAUAUCAAAUGUGAGAGCAGCCAUUCAUUUGCAAGGAGCACACAACUCUAGUAGAAAGACCUCAGUGGAAUGGCAGAAGGAUGUGGACCAGUCCCACUCUCAGGGAGGACUAGAGCUCGAUCAAAAUGAAAUUGUGAUUCCUCGAGAUGGCCUCUACUUUGUUUACAGCCAAGCAUCUUUCCGGGUUGACUGCAGCAGCGAUGCCGACGAUACCUCCUCACACCCCAUGGUCCACCUGAGCCACACUGUCCAACGCUGGUCUCGCUCAUAUGCACCUAAAUAUGUGACCAUUCUUCACUCUAUCCGUACGGUCUGCCAAAAGACAACCAGUAGGGAUUCAGAUGAGGAUGGGAACUGGUACUCUGCAGUUUACAUGGGGGCUGUGUUCAACUUGUAUGCUCAUGACAGACUGAGAACACAGACGGAGGAGGCAAUGCUGGAGAAAUUGGAGGAUGAGCCAGGGAAGAACUUCUUUGGUGUUUUUGCCUUGUGA